GAAAUAUCUUUCGGGCCCGGAUCUUACUGGUAGCAGCGAGUGCAAACAGCAAGUUGGAUGUAAGAGUCUCGACGAGGGCAACAACCUCGUAUGCGUUCACCAAGACGACGAGUGGAGCGCGGAUACAACCGUCCACCUACCCCGACAUCGGCGGUGGUGUGCUUCAACUGCAACGGAGUAGGACACGUAGCCAAGCAGUGUCCGUCGCCCCAGCGACGAGGUGGAGAAGGCAGCGCAGAUGGCGCUGAUAACGCGCCGAGCCGCGUACAAGAGGAUGCCGCGGAGAGGAAGAAGAGAGAGAUCUCGGAACCCCCAGCUGCAGAGCGGCACGCUCACCUACAGAUCGUCUGGCUCCAACCUCUGCUGUUUACUGUUUACCGUCAUGUAUUAUGUCUAGUAAACCAUGUAUUACCA